GACCACGUGAUGCAUCAUUAUAAAACGCUCUGCGUGCCAUUGCGAAGUAGACAGCCGAAGAAAUCGUCUAGCCGACUUGUUCUCGUCGACGAUCAGCUACAAAUUCUUCGCAAAUUUUUCGUAUACAAGGGUCCAGGUUGUAACUUCUGGAACGAUGCAAAUCUUCGUGAAGACCCUCACUGGCAAAACCAUCACCCUCGAGGUUGAGCCUUCAGAUACCAUCGAAAAUGUCAAAGCCAAGAUCCAAGACAAAGAAGGCAUUCCCCCAGACCAGCAGCGUCUGAUUUUUGCUGGCAAGCAGCUUGAAGAUGGUCGCACCCUAUCUGACUACAACAUCCAGAAAGAGUCCACCCUUCACCUGGUUCUGCGACUGCGUGGUGGCAUGCAAAUCUUCGUGAAGACCCUCACUGGCAAAACCAUCACCCUCGAGGUUGAGCCUUCAGAUACCAUCGAAAAUGUCAAAGCCAAGAUCCAAGACAAAGAGGGCAUUCCACCAGACCAGCAGCGUCUAAUUUUUGCUGGCAAGCAGCUUGAAGAUGGUCGCACCCUAUCUGACUACAACAUCCAGAAAGAGUCCACCCUUCACCUGGUUCUUCGACUGCGUGGUGGCAUGCAAAUCUUCGUGAAGACACUCACUGGCAAAACCAUCACCCUCGAGGUUGAGCCUUCAGAUACCAUCGAAAAUGUCAAAGCCAAGAUCCAAGACAAAGAGGGCAUUCCCCCAGACCAGCAGCGUCUAAUUUUUGCUGGCAAGCAGCUUGAAGAUGGUCGCACCCUAUCUGACUACAACAUCCAGAAAGAGUCCACCCUUCACCUUGUUCUUCGACUGCGUGGUGGCAUGCAAAUCUUCGUGAAGACCCUCACCGGCAAAACCAUCACCCUCGAGGUUGAGCCUUCAGAUACCAUCGAAAAUGUCAAAGCCAAGAUCCAAGACAAAGAAGGCAUUCCACCAGACCAGCAGCGUCUAAUUUUUGCUGGCAAGCAGCUUGAAGAUGGUCGCACCCUAUCUGACUACAACAUCCAGAAAGAGUCCACCCUUCACCUGUUCUUCGACUGCGUGGUGGCAUGCAUCUUCGUGAAGACCCUCACCGGCAAAACCAUCACCCUCGAGGUUGAGCCUUCAGAUACCAUCGAAAAUGUCAAAGCCAAGAUCCAAGACAAAGAGGCAUUCCCAGACCAGCAGCGUCUAAUUUUUGCUGGCAAGCAGCUUGAAGGUCGCACCCUAUCUGACUACAACAUCCAGAAAGAGUCCACCCUUCACCUUGUUCUUCGACUGCGUGGUGGCAUGCAAAUCUUCGUGAAGACCCUCACCGGCAAAACCAUCACCCUCGAGGUUGAGCCUUCAGAUACCAUCGAAAAUGUCAAAGCCAAGAUCCAAGACAAAGAAGGCAUUCCCCCAGACCAGCAGCGUCUAAUUUUUGCUGGCAAGCAGCUUGAAGAUGGUCGCACCCUAUCUGACUACAACAUCCAGAAAGAGUCCACCCUUCACCUUGUUCUUCGACUGCGUGGUGGCAUGCAAAUCUUCGUGAAGACCCUCACCGGCAAAACCAUCACCCUCGAGGUUGAGCCUUCAGAUACCAUCGAAAAUGUCAAAGCCAAGAUCCAAGACAAAGAAGGCAUUCCCCCAGACCAGCAGCGUCUAAUUUUUGCUGGCAAGCAGCUUGAAGAUGGUCGCACCCUAUCUGACUACAACAUCCAGAAAGAGUCCACCCUUCACCUUGUUCUUCGACUGCGUGGUGGCAUGCAAAUCUUCGUGAAGACCCUCACCGGCAAAACCAUCACCCUCGAGGUUGAGCCUUCAGAUACCAUCGAAAAUGUCAAAGCCAAGAUUCAAGACAAAGAAGGCAUUCCCCCAGACCAGCAGCGUCUAAUUUUUGCUGGCAAGCAGCUUGAAGAUGGUCGCACCCUAUCUGACUACAACAUCCAGAAAGAGUCCACCCUUCACCUUGUUCUUCGACUGCGUGGUGGCAUGCAAAUCUUCGUGAAGACCCUCACCGGCAAAACCAUCACCCUCGAGGUUGAGCCUUCAGAUACCAUCGAAAAUGUCAAAGCCAAGAUUCAAGACAAAGAAGGCAUUCCCCCAGACCAGCAGCGUCUAAUUUUUGCUGGCAAGCAGCUUGAAGAUGGUCGCACCCUAUCUGACUACAACAUCCAGAAAGAGUCCACCCUUCACCUUGUUCUUCGACUGCGUGGUGGUUUCUAAUAUUUUGGACAAGAAGAUUGUUAACUGAGAAAGAAUUAUUUACAGUUCAGAUGUUUAUUAAAGCUUUUGCUAAUUAUAAUUAAUUUCUGCAACUGUCAGUAAUUUAAAAAAGCACUUUUCGAGAAAGUAGCUGAAAACGCUUCAAACGUUUCCUAGGACUUGUUUUUAGUUGCUGUGAACUAAUGCUAGGUCUUGGAAAUAUUUUUUGAUUGCAAAAUAAAUAAAGUCAGCUCAAGUU